AGCAGCCGACCUAGCUAGCUCCUGACACUACCGCAGGCCUGCUGGAUGGAUGGAUGGCUCGCUGAUAUCACAGCAUGGGCUUAUUUGUCGGUUUCGGGUUGGGUUGUAGGUCGUGGUUUAUCGGGAUACGACUUGCUGCUCACAGCAAACGUGUUUAAUUCAACUAAAUAUCAGCUUACAUCGCAAAAGCUAGGGGCAACUUUACCGCAAGCUAACGCUAGCCUGUUGCUAGCCGUAGGCUGCUUCCAGGGACAAAUUUAGGAUAACUUGAGUCCUGCAGUCUGAACUCCUGGUGUGAUGCAGUCACUUGCUCAGGAGAUUCAAGGCUUUUCCAAAGGCCGCCUAAAGAAGCAGAUCACGCAUGUAACCACAGUGACAGGCAAAAAGCUGCUGGAGAGGAGGAGAGAUGGAGGAGGAGAGGGAGAGGUGGAGACUGUCGAAGAGCUGGAGGAGGGAAGUGGAUGUGGAUUUGUGGAAGAUAAAAGUCUGGACCUUCAAGUUGGUGUCGUCAGACCCUUCUUGCUGCUGGGCUCUCAGGAUGCAGCUCACGACAUUGACACCCUGAGGAGAUAUAAGGUGUCUCAUGUGCUAAAUGUGGCCUACGGAGUCUCUAACCUGCUCCCAGAUCAGAUGGUCUAUAAGACGCUCCAGAUCCUGGACCUCCCAGAGAUGGAGAUCACUUCCUAUCUGCAGGAAUGCGGCUCCUUCAUUGAUCAGGCCCGAGAACAGGACGGUGUUGUCCUGGUCCACUGUAACGCCGGCGUGUCACGCUCCGCCUCCAUCGUGAUUGGCUACCUGAUGUCGAGGGAGGGGCUUUCGUUUGAGGAUGCGUACAGCCAGGUGAAACUGGCGAGGCCGUCGACUCACCCAAACCCCGGCUUCUAUCGGCAGCUGCAGAACUACAAACCUUGAGGGGAACUAGUGUCCUGACAAACUCCACUGCCAUGUGUUUUAAUGCUGAAAACCAGGAUAAUGAUCAAGGAAGUGUCCUUAAACUGAGUAUGGAAGCUGCAACUUCAUAGUUAUUUUGCUAUUUUUGUUGGACACCAACAGUUUUUGGCAAUAAAUACAGAAUGUAUAAAAUUA